UUGCAAGUAGAUCUGUCUACAUGUUAACCUAAAGGCGCUUUUUCAUUUACUUUUACCACCGGUAGUACAGCGACGCAAAAAGAACGCCACGAGUAACGUAGCCUUUCGUAAGUAUUUUAUCUUUUACCGAAGAUGUUGAGUGUAUCUGGAUGCGUCUCGUAGCCCCCUCCGAGGCCUUCUGAUCGAUUUUCUCUUUGCACUCUUUUGGUAGUAGCGCAACUUAGAACAUGGCACCGAAACCGCUCCGAAAGGGGGGCGAAGGAGGCACGUCAAAAGAUGGUAAGGCUCGGAAUUGGAUCAUGCAUGACUUAGAGUUUUAACUUGAUGCUCUUCUUGCACCUCUACGACAGAAUCUCGACAUUUAAAAGGGUGUGCAUUUUUUAUUUCUUUGAAGCAAGAAUUUGUUUCGCAAGAACGCCACAUCAAAGCACAAACGUACAACCCAGGUGGCGAGCAGGGCAAGGCAAAAGCGCAGCAGAAGGAUGAGGAGCUCGUCCUGACACUGAUGCUGCAGAAAAACACCAUGGCGCUGGGCUACGUGAGAACGUACAGCGGGAUCAUGGCCGGGUCGGUCGCGGGCCUCUGCAGGGCCGGGGGCAUACUCGGGAUAAUAAUAUUCCUGCUUGUCAGUCUCGCGGCGUCGGGGUUUGUCUACUUGAAGGUCGGCGGACAAGUGAAAAAAUAUUUUCUGAAGGAGACCGACCCGCUGCUGAGCCAAGCAUUUGGAGGGUUGAUGGUAUUCGGAGUUUUCGGCUGAGUUCUUUUUUCAUGUGGGUAGAAAAAUUGAUUUGCUAAUCAUACAUCUAAAAAGCGUACCGUACGUAGGGGAGCCUAUUUUUUGUCAACAUGUGAGUAUGGAAGUGUAUUAAUGAAGACACAAAAUCUAAAACAGACCUUCUUGCUCACCUGGAUAAUGGUGUACGAUGUGGUGCACUUGUUUUAGAAUCGGAACAACCCCAGCGGCGACAUCGUGCCAGGCACAGCACCAGGGUGGAACAGCAACCGGACCGCGGCAUAACGGAAUUUUCGGGCGCACCGCCGUCGGAAGGACGCACACACAAGCUAGCAAGUCCGAAAAGAAUAUAGCUUUACGACCCAUGGCGACACUUUUACCUCCGACAUAGGUGGUACUUUUCACACGUAGGAGCACAACACAUUCUCGCAUAUGACGACAACACUGAAAAAUAUCUGCAGUUUACUGCAUCACAAGGCAG